UUUCUCAAAACCCCUAUAUAAGCCUCUUCCGCUUACUUCACCCCUCAUCUCCAUAACACCCCACAAAACCCUAACAAGAACCUAAGUGCACUUUCUUCUCUUACUUCCCGCUUCAACAUAAUUUCAGCUCGAUCCGAAGGCAACUUCUGAUCAAUCUGCAUUAUAUUGUUGCCCCUUCUUCAACCUACCUAUCAGAUUAUAUAUUUGGAAGCUGAAAGGCAGAAAUGGAGAGUGUGAGGAACAUGGCGUCAGAGAGACCAGUGGUGAUCUUCAGUAAGAGCUCAUGCUGCAUGUGUCACACUAUCAGGACCCUCUUUGCUGAGUUCGGAGUGAACCCUGCAGUUCAUGAGCUGGACCAGAUCCCAGCAGGGAGGGAGGUUGAGCAAGCCCUUUUGAGACUAGGGUGCAGCCCGGCCGUGCCGGCUGUGUUCAUCGGCGGAGAGCUUGUUGGUGGGACCAAUGAAGUAAUGAGCCUUCACCUUAACCGAUCCUUGAUCCCAAUGCUCAAGCGAGCAGGUGCUAUUUGGGUUUGAAAUAUAUCAUGCAAUAACCAAUGCAUAUGCAAUAUGCGAGGACUAUACUUAUAUAGAGCUUGUCUUAUAUAUAAGGUAAUAAUUAUAAUAAUUAAGGCUAACUUGACUGCGAGCCUUUUUUUGGCAUUGUAAUACGAAGUGUGGGUUCAGAUAUUUUGAGAU